AUGGGUGACCAGUCUAUGCGAGACUAUGGCCUUGCGGCGCCGCAUGGCCCCAACAUGACCGGCCAGCAUGUUGCUACUGCCGAUAUUGUUGAUAUGAGCCACGGCGAGAGCUCCGUCUUCCGUUCUCUUCUCCUCCCCGACGACAGCUACGAUGCCAACGGCACCUACUGGGCUGAUAUGGGCAUUGGACGCCGUAUCGGAUUCGUCAACAAAGUCAACAACGCAGAAGCUGCUGCCGAGCUCAAGUCGAUCGGCCGCAUGAUCAAGGCCGAUCCUUUGAGCCCCUUUAGCUACUAUGCACGCAACAUGAUCAUUCCAGGUGCUGGCCUGCUGCUCGAAGGAUACGUGCUGUUCUCCAUCGGUAACAUCAAGCCUCUUCUUCAAGCCUCCUUCCCCGGCUGCUGGAACAAGUACACUGUCUGCAAUAAGACCUGGACUCAGGCCAUCGACUACCUCGAAAUCUGCGGUAUCAUCGUCGGUCAGAUUCUGGUCGGUAUUCUUGGUGACUGGCUCGGCCGUCGCUGGGGUCUGAUUCAAGAUUCCGUCAUCAUGUUCGUCGGUCUUCUCAUGCUUACUGCUGCGUGGGGUACGACCCUCAACGGCUGGGUCAUCUGCUACGUCUGGUCUCUGUUCUUCUAUGGUAUCGGUGUUGGUGGCGAGUAUCCAAUGACCGCUACCUCCGGUAUGGAGAACGCUGUCGGCUCCGGCAAGAUCUCGACACGCGACGAUCGUCUUCACCGUGGUCGCAAGGUCACAUCCGCUUUCUUGAUGCAGGGCUGGGGUCAAUUCCUCAACCAGGUCAUCCUGAUCAUUCUGCUCCUCAUCUUCCACUCUGGCAAGUCUGGCCCGCCAUAUGACAGGCUCGUCGCUCAGUGGACCUACCGAGUAUCCUUCGCUAUUCCAGCCGUCGGUACUCUCUGGCUCGUCUACUACCGUGUCUACAAAAUGCGCUCCGCCUCCAAGCAAUUGCAGCUUGCCAAGAAGAAGCAGUCCGUCACUGGGUAUGAUGUCAAGUCGCUUACGAUGACUUUCACCUACUUCGGGGGUCGCGUCUUCGCUACUUCCGCUGCCUGGUAUGCCAACGACGUUUUCUUCUACGGCAACAAGCUCUUCCAGGGUGAGUUCAUCGCCGCGCUCAACCCAGGCGACAAGUCUGUUGUCACUAACUGGACCUGGAACUUGGUCAACAUCGUCAUCUCCCUCGUCGGCUACUACCUUGCCUCGUUCCUCAUCGACAACAAGCUUUACGGCCGCAAGUGGAUGCAGAUUGUCGGUUUCCUUGGCGACUUCAUCUGCUUCGUCAUCCCGGCUUUCAACUACAACUACUACGCCACGGGUCCUGGUGUCCACAAGUUCAUGGCCAUGUACUUCUUGUCUUCCUUCUUCAACCAGUUCGGACCCAACUCGGUCACCUUCAUCGCUGCCGCCGAGGUGUUCCCAACACCCGUCCGUGCCUCCGCUCACGGCUUCUCCGCUGCUUGCGGAAAGCUCGGUGCCCUUACUGCCGCCGUCCUCUACAACUACAUCGACAUCCCAUUGCGUUUCUUGGUCGUCCCAUGGUUCGGGCUUGCUGGUGCGAUCAUCACCUACGUCUUCCUGCCCGAUACCACCGGUCUCGAUCUCAAGGAGCAGGAGCGCCGCUGGGCUUUCAUCCGCGCAGGCCGCGAGCACGAGUACCAUGGUGUGGCUGUCCACCCCCAGCACCUGUCUCUCUGGGAGCGUGUAUGGGGUGUGGGCAAGUACUACAACGCCGAGGAGGACUACAACCAGCGUGUCGAGGAGAUGCGCGCUGAUUGGGAAGCUGCCAUGGCCCGCCGCAAUGCCGAGAAGGAGGCUGGUGAGGUCGAGGAUGAGCACGACGACGAUUGGUCUUCCGAGGUCAGCACUUUCUUCGAGCGCACUCGUGGCAAGGGCAACGGCAGCACCAUGUAUCCUUCCAAGGAGCAACAACUCGGUGACGGACACGCUGCUGUCGACAACGAGAAGCCUCGUGACUUGUAG